AUGAAGCUUUUGCUCCCUUUUCUGACGCUAGCAAAAGCUAAUUCAGGAUCAAAUUUUAUCGAUUCCAAAAAAGGCUACGUAAACAUCACAGCACCAGGAACUGCAGGUCUUCAAUCUCGUCGACCAAAUGCCAUUUUCGGUAUGAGUCAAGGCGGCCGAGAUGUUUUCGCAGCUCAAGAUGUCGAUCGAAAUUUCGCCGAACCAGGUCUAAGCGUGGCUGAUCUUGAUUUGGACAACAGAAUGCCGUCGCCGCUACGAUGCAGAAAUCCGCUAGUUCGAGGAGUUGUGGAUUCUAGAAUCGUUGGAGGAUACGAUGCACAAAGAGAAGCUUGGCCGUUUAUUGUGAAGAUAAGGAUCGGUUGUGGAGGGACGAUUGUCAGUCCUCAGUGGAUUGUUACUGCUGCUCAUUGCUGCCGAGUCUCAAACUUGCGAUUUUUGGACGUGACGGUUUCUGAAUACGAUCGCGCUGGAAUCGAUAAAGACGCACAAACCAUCCAAGUCGACAAAGUCGUCAUCCAUCCCAAAUUCGUCCCUGCCACGCUUUUGAACGACAUCUGCUUGCUCAAGCUCAAAUCGCCAAUUGAAUUCAACAUGCACGCGCAGCCAGUUUGCCUGCCAGAAAAGAACUCUCGAAUAGAUAAAGUGAAACUGGGUGAAGGGCCACUUUGCUAUGUCGCCGGUUGGGGACGGGUUGGAGAAACAGAAGGAACCGCGCGAAUUCUUCAAGAGACCCAGGUGCCAAUUAUUCCAAAUAAAGUCUGCGACGCGGCAUAUGCCCGAAACAAGGUACACGAAAACGAGAUGAUGUGCGCUGGCUAUGCAGAAGGCGGCAUCGAUGCUUGCCAAGGCGACUCCGGCGGGCCAAUGAUCUGCGUCGAAAACGAUCAGCCAGUUCUCCGCGGCGUCGUUUCUUGGGGAAUCGGCUGCGCAAGAGUCGGCCUCUAUGGCGUUUACACUAGAACUUCCUCGUACAUCGACUGGAUCAAAAGCACCGUCAAUCCAAACGACCAAACCUUCGGCGAUCUCAUCAGCAAUCCUCCCACAACACAAGCUCCAUCUACUCCUCCCAAGACAACAAUUCCUUCUGGCACAAGUCCGAUCCAUCCUCGAUGCGGUGAUCCAACGAAAAAGGGUUUCAAGAUCGCCAACAACGUCCUGGUCUCUUGCCACAGCAGCCAAUGCGAUUUCAAAUGUCCGGAUGGAAUGCGACCGUCUCUUGCAAAAGCUGUUUGUAAUUUCAAGAAACGACAAUUUGCUCCGAAAAAAUUCAAGAAAACGAUUCAUUGUAUCAGCGACAAACCAUCAGAACCGCCAGUUCAAAGCUCUUCAGGGGGCUUCAACUCGAAUCCUUCUGCUGACGUUGCUGCUGAACUCAAUACAGGAAAUGCAAUGACAAAAUGUGGAAACAUCGUCAAAAAAUUCCGACUUGAUACAUCCGCCCUUUCUGUCGACUGCGAAAAUGACAUCUGCAAAUUAACAUGUAUCGAUGACAACAUGCGACCAACUCUGAACAAAAUCACCUGCAAUGUAAAAGGAAAGAAAAAGAAAACUGCCCCGAAAAAAGCAAAAGUGAAGUGCGUCGUGAAGGAAGGAUCCAGAGCGAUGCGCCACGUUGGUUCAGAAGCAGAGGAAACAUGUGGAUAUAUGCCAGUGAGAACCUCAGAUCCGGUGGAUUAUUUUUGCGAGGGAAUGCAGUGCAAUUUCUUUUGCCCUACCGACGAUCUCAAGCCAACUCGUGAAAAAAUCACUUGCAAUCCAAGAAAGGGAAAAUGGUGGCCAAAACGAUUCAACGUCUUCUGCCAAUAA